GCCCAGGGGUGGAAGGGGAGGACAGGUUGGCGUGGCUGAAGUCUGACCUCGCAGUUGGUCGUGUGAUCGCGUGGUCGAUGGACUGUUCCAAGUUUCUACUUGUGGUGGGGGACAAUUUAUAAAGGAAAGCUUCGGGCGUUACAGUGCAGAAUGUAAUACAUUCAUAGGUUAAGAGUUGAGCGAAGAAGUGGAAAUAUAGUUCGGUUACGAGAAAUACUCCCCCCGUGCAGAUAGUGUCAGACGAUCUCUAGCGGGCUCCCACCGUGAACUCUGGAAAACUGGACCACCGUCGGUAAGAGGAGCUCACUGCCUGCGGUGGCAUCGGUUCAAAGUGGCGGUCAGGUCACACGAUGUCCAAUGACCCGAGGUAUCCCGGUCCGCCGGACCGGGGCGGAGGAGGAGGCAGAAAUGGCAGGAACUAUGGCAACCGGAUUUUUGAUUCCAAUAAUAUGAGAUAUAACCAACAGCUUGGCAGAUCAACUGGUGAUAUACCCUCCGGUGCCAAUGGCUACAUGCCCCGGGAUAGUGGUGGUCGGAGGGGCAUGUACCCCCCUGAUCCAUUCCAAAGAAUGGGCAGGGGGCAGCCACCGCCGCCGCAGUAUGGCGACCCGAUGGAUAUGAGCUUCGGCGGUCUACCGCUGUCAAAUCCGCCACCACCGCCCGUCGUCGGUGCGCGGAGUGGGCGCAGGGGAAGUGUCGGAGGGAGAAGGAACAGCUUCGACAAUGGGCGUCGGGGCAGCGUGGACCUCGGGCGUGGAGGGACAGGAAUAGGUCGCAGGAGAAACAGCUUCGACAGCGGAGACCAAGAGAAGCAAUCCGACGAGAAUGUGUCGUCCGACGCUUACAACGCCGACGUCGAGGACGCAGACGAGGCCAUCGAGAAGCAGAAGCGGCGGGUCCUGACCCUGGCAGCCAAAAAUGACUGGGCGGCCCUCGACCACGCCCUCAAGCAACUGGAAAAGCAAGCCCCGUCUUCCCACUCGAAGGAAUCCCCUUACCAUCCGCUGAAAGACCUCGCCGAUGAGACAACUGGCUUCACGCCGUUGAUGUACGCAGCGAGAGAGAACAAGGCCCCCUUCAUCGACAGACUAAUUGAUCUCGGCUGCAACCCCAACGCCAAAAAUGCCGAUGGCUACGCUCCCAUUCACCUGGCGGCGACGUUUGGCAGAGAAGACACGGUCAGGCACCUCGUUCACAGGAAAGCGGACAUCAAUGUUACUGGCGGGCCCCACGGACAAACGACCAUUCACAUGGUCUGCGAACGAGCGCAAAUGGCCCGCCGGUACUUGGGGAAGCCACCGCUCAUCAAACGCUCCUCAAACCCAAAAGACCAGUCGAUGGGGCAUAUGGCAGCGUCUAGGAGCUCCGGAGCCGCCCUGGCUCUCCUGAAGAUGGUUCUCAUGCACGCCAGGCAGGACCUUCGCUUGAUUAAGGAUAACCAAGGGGACAUCCCGCUCUUCAUAGCCAUCGACGCAGGGAACUCCAGUCUGGUGAAGGAACUGCUGCAUUACCAAGCCUCAGAACAGCUGAAAGUUACCCGGCACGAGACGAAGGAUUCUCCGCUCCAUAUUGCUUGUCGCAAGAAGGAAACGGACAUUGUUCGCGUCCUGGUAGAUGCAGGUGCAAGCACAGAUGAGAAAAAUUCAUUAGGGCAGACCCCCCUGCAUAUAUCGGCAGAAGAGGGAGACGAGGCAACCGUCAAAUUUUUCUGGACUGUCCACGUGAAUCCGAAUCAUAAUGAUAAUCACGACCGGACGCCUCUCCACGUUGCAGCCGAAAAUGGCUUCACUCCCAUUGUAGAUAUGUUAGCUGAUAAGUUCAAAGCGAACGUGAUGGACAGGACAAAAGACGGAGAUACGCUUGUGCACAUUGCCUCCUUGCACGGCCACCCGGAAACUGUUAUGGCUUUCCUCAAGAAAGGUGUGCCUCUACACAUGCCGAACAAAAGCGGUGCCCGAUGUAUACACACGGCUGCCCAGAGAGGUCACGUGGGCGUGGUCAACGCCAUUCUUCAUAAAGGAGAACACGUUGAUGUGACCACCAAUGAUGGCUUCACCGCCCUUCACGUCGCCGUCAAAAGCGGAAAACCGGCUAUGGUGGAGGCCCUGCUCGGCCACGGAGCCAACCUAACUAUGCAAGGUGGGGCUGCGAGGGAGUCGGCGCUCCAUCUAGCGGCAAGAGUGGAAGACGGAGAGAAGUGCGCGGAAAUGUUGCUCAAAUCUGGCGCUGACGUCAACCUGCCGAAGGAAGACGGACAGACGCCUCUUCACUUAGCUUCCUUUAAUGGUAACCUGAAGACCCUUAAUCUGCUACUCGAGGAUGAAAAGGCUGCGCCCCUGAUCCAGUCGAAGGACGGAGAGACAGCGCUGCAUUUAGCCUGCUCUGCCUGUAGAGUUGAUGUAGUGAGGACGUUGAUAGACCACGUCAUGGCGAAAGGUGGUAAAGCGAAAGUUGUCAAAUUCAUCAACACGAAGAAUAACCUCGGGGAAACCGCUCUUCAUAUGACCGCUGGGCUGAAUAAGAGUAAAGCAAAAAUAAAAGCCGGAGACGAUCAGGAAAUAGCCAACAUCUUGUUAUCUAACGGAGCUGAACUUCUGGUUCACACCAAUAAGACGCAUGAGACUCCAAUCCACUACGCUUCUACCUCGGGCAAUGAGGCAGUUUUGACGGAGAUGCUCCGGUUUGCUCCAAAGGAUAAGCUUCAACAAUUGAUGAACGGACAAUCGACUCGUGGUUGGUCUCCUUUGCUCAACGCGUCUGAUAAAGGCCACGACGGCAUCGUUACCAUGUUACUGGACCACCAGGCUCGUGUCGACGUUUUCGACCACGAGGGAAAAGCAGCUUUACACUUAGCUGCUGAACAUGGAUACAUGCUGGUUUGUGACGCCCUGUUGCAUCACAAAGCCUUUGUGAAUGCCCGAACGAUGUCUGGAAUGACUGCGCUUCAUUUGGCAGCCCAGAAAGGGUACACGGAACUUGUGAGAACGUUAAUUACUCAAAAUGCAGCUCAGAAAGAAGGCUUAACGUUGACGCGACAAACGCCCCUGCAUUUAGCUGCCGAGUCAGGUCAGCUGGAAGUCUGUGAGACGUUGUUGCAAUUAGGAGCUGAUACCAAUGCUACAAACAACGCAGGCCAGAAGCCAAUUCAUGUGGCCGCUAUGCACAAUAACUCAGAGGUUGUCAAACUUUUCCUUAAAACUUCACCAGAAUUAGUAACGACGGCUGAUAAGGACGGGAAUACCUGUGCCCACAUUGCAGCAUUACAAGGUUCUGUUGAUGUCGUGAGGGAGCUUAUGCGGCAUAACAGAGGAAUUAUUAUUAAUGGGAGAAACCGAGGUGACUCCAUGACCCUCCAUCUGGCAGCUGAGGGAGGACACGCCAAGCUUGUUAAAUUUCUCAUAGAAAACGGAGCUUCCCCUAAAGCAGAAAACGGAGAAGGUCUCACGGCAGUCCAUUUAGCAGCUAGAUACGGCCACAUUCAAGUCUUGGAAACGCUACGGGAGGUCACCAGCCUUCGAAUCCAUAGCAAGAAGUUGGGUCUUUUCGCGCUACACAUCGCUGCUCAUUAUGGUCAAAAUGAAAUCGUCCGAGAGCUGCUGUCUCACAUUCCCGCCACCAUCAAAUCAGAGCCUCCGAUGAUGACUGGGGGUCGGCCCUUUCUGCCUGACCUCGGCGCCGAGGCAGAUCUGACGCCUCUGCAUUUAGCCGCCCAUGAAGGCAAUGAGGGCGUCGUCAGAAUACUUUUCAACAUUCCGGGAGUUCAGCCGGAUGUUACGUCCAGACUCAAUGAAUACACCCCUCUACACUUGGCCUGCAUAGGAGGUCACACGUCCGUUGUCAGUUUGCUGUUAUCGAAGUCGACGAAGCAGAUCAUGAAAAUGGACAAGAGAGGGCGAACGGCGAUGCACAUUGCCGCCACCAACGGCCACCCGCAUCUCGUCACGCUCCUCAUGGGACAAGGAGCCGAGCUUGGAGCCAAAGACAGGGAUGGGUUGACGCCUCUGCACUACAGCGCCAAAGCGGGCCACCUGGAAGUGGCCAAAGUCCUGGUGGAAGCGGGAGCCAACCCUGAGGACAAAUCCAACGAGGACAAGACGCCCAUCACCUUUGCCGUGUCCAACGAACAUGUCGAUGUCUACAACUACCUCAUUAACAAGAAACACGAUUCUUAUAAGUUAUUAGCGGACAAGAAGUUCAUAUUGGAUCUUUCAGCCUUAGCAAAGAAACACGACCACAAACCUUUGGAGGAGUUUAUUUUACUGUCUCCUGCUCCAGUUGAUAUUGCCACAAAAUUAGCUCAUAGUCUUCUUAUCCUCUCCGACAAGGAGAAGGAGAGUAGCCGUGAUUUGGUAGAAUCUUCCGUCUUCUGCGAGGCUCUGGCAACGGAGUUGGUCGCCAUCUCCUCGGCAACAGCCUCUCCCGGUAUCAUUCUGCGGGCGGUGGACAACAGGAACGUCGUGCUCUUAGAUUCGUUGAUAGAGCACGAACAAAAAGAGGUAAUUGCUCAUCCAGCAGUGCAGCGGUAUCUCAAUGACGUCUGGAUGGGGAGCCUGGAAUGGGCUGGCUGGAAGAUUUUCGCAAUGGGCGUCGCCUUCUUUUUUCUUCCUCCUAUUUGGAUAUUCUUUAGUAUGCCCUUAGGUCACAUGUACAACGAAGUCCCCGUCGUCAAGUUCAUGGCUUACCUCGUUUCUCACAUGUACAUGUUGAUACUGAUGAUCAUAUCAGUGGCCAUGCCUUUGAGGCCCAUCUGGGAGAACGUAAAUCUCGUGCCGAAUUGGUACGAGUGGUGCCUUCUGCUGUGGUUUAGCGGGAAUUUAGUGAUGGAACUGACCAAUCGAGGAGACUUAGCUGGUUUAGGCUGGAUCAAAAUUAUAGUGCUGGUCUUAGGCGGCCUGGGAGUCCUCAUUCAUCUAGUAGCGUUCUUUUAUAUGAAUAACGUGGAGGUCGUGCAGGAACUUUUGUAUAUCAGGAACAAUAUGAUAGCGCUGGCGAUGUUGUGCGCGUCGGUGCAGAUCUUAGACUUCUUGUCCUUCCAUCACCUCUUUGGUCCCUGGACAGUCAUCAUCGGAAAGCUAAUGGUUGACCUGGGCAUGUUCUUGAUCAUCCUCUGCAUUUUCGUCUUCGGGUUUUCCAUGUACGUGGCUGCCCUGUACAACCCCGUCAGACCUACGUACACGGACUUUAAUAACACCAGCACCGAGAGAGUGGGGUCCGGGUACCCCCCGGCAGAGGCACCAAUUCAGACUCCGAUCCAGACGGGCGAGAUGCUCUUCUUCUCGCUCUUCGGUCUCGUGGAACCCGACUACAUGCCUCCUUUCUACAGCCAUCCGCCCUGGGCCCAAAGCCUGAUGAAGAUCGUGUUCGGAAUCUACCAAAUGGUGACAGUAGUGGUUCUCAUCAAUCUCCUGAUUGCUAUGAUGUCCGAUACCUAUCAGAGGAUUCAAGCAAAGAGCGACACGGAAUGGAAAUUCGGCCUGGCUAAGUUGAUUCGUGAUAUGAGUAGAACCUCCGGAACGCCGUCUCCCCUUAAUCUUCUCGUGAAAUUCAUCGUAUAUAUUAUUGCUAUUUUCAAGUUCAGAUGCAACUUGUGCUCUGACCAAGCUAUGGAAUACAUGCGAACCGAGGGUCGUCCUGAAGAUCCGCAUUCUUCUGAGGCGAAGAACGAGGCUGGAGGCGGAUGGAUAAAAAAGAUGAGGUCUCGAAGCAAGACCAGCAUAAUGCCGCAGAGCACAGAAAAUCUGGUGCCUCUGAGCAACAUGGAAGGUCCGCAAGGUGUGAAAAGGAUAGAGAACGUCAUCAAGUGGAGCCGUGUGGUCCAGAGGUACCGCAUGAUGCACCAGAUAGACGUCCACCCGGGAGAGACGAACGACGAGGAGAACGAGAACGAGAUCAUGAUCACCGACGCCGUUCUGAACGGUGCCCUCGAGCCCUCUCAAAAUACCUCCGCUGCUUAAGCCUUUCCCCAACCCCCUCAUUUUUCCCCAGUUCCAAAGCGUCGACGUUUUUCUUAACCUUUUGAUACUACAGAGCGCCAAUUGUUGCAUAGCUAGAGAAGUUCAAUCUCAAAUGAACCUUCUGCGUAAGGCCUUGGUGCCUCCAGUGGAAUAGAUCAUCACAAGAAUCGAAUUUUUUCCGGUAAAUAUAAAACGUCGCAAAAACAGGAGAAGAAAUUCUGAUUUGAUGCAAUGUCAAGCUUUUCAAUGAUGGCUGUGAAGAAAUCCAAGAAUUGUACAACAAGGUAAAUGAAGCUUUACAUUUUGUGAAUCCUUUGAAUGAAGGAAGGAAUGCUAGGUUUUGGGGAUUCGUGUUUUCACUGAAUCCACAUCUGAAUUUUGAUUUAAAGUAGUUAUUCGUUACAGUACCCACAGUUAUUCUAAAACAUUUACCAUCACUUUGUGUGUCAUGAAUUGUGUAAGUAGAUUUUAGGGUAUGCCAAGAAAAGGACACAAGAGUACGCGUUGUUAGGAUAUAGUGAAAGGGAGACUUUUCCAACGAGUAACAGCGUCGUUGCUAAAUCGUGGUGCAGUCUUAGGGUGCAUCUAAAACUACUGUAAAAUCAGUCAUGAACACACGUCGGCAACAUAUUGCGCACAUAUCACAAACAAGUUAACACGUCAACCACUGUCAGCAGAGAAAACAUUUUUGGCAAAUGGUGGAUAAUCGUAUGACACACUAGUUAGGACCACCAGUAAGUCGUUGACUUGUAUCCAGCCCGUUUGUAAUGUGUAUGUGAUAAGUUAUCGACGAGUGUUCAUGGCCUCUUUUACUGCAGUGCAAUUGCCCCUUUAGUAGCAAUACAAGGGACCCAAACACCAGAUACAGCUAUGAAAAAGAUUAAAAGUAUCAAUGAAACACGAAAGUUACAUUUGUACUCUGUAUGAUCGGUGAUCUUUCAACUUAGGUAAGUUGAAUUACCCACAUCUUUUAGGGUGCGUCCAGACUAAACUAAAACGUUAUAAACAGACGGUGGAAACUUAUCCUUUACAUAUGACAAACAAGUUGACAAUAAGUCAACGACCGUAAGUGGAGAACAAAGCCCCAGCUAAAACUAGGUAAUCGUUUGAAGCACUGGUUAGAGUUGAGUUGAAAUGGAAAUUGACAGUGAAAGGUUUGAAAGGUAACAGGAGGAAAACCUCAAAGCAGUUGCACUACGAAUCAACUGUUAGAGGGGGUGGAAGGUAUGAUAGAAAAAAAGAGAAUAUGAAAGGAGGUACAGCAAAAGGAACGAAAGUGGUCGCAGCUAGGGGCCGAAGGCACGCUGCAAAGAACCUUAAGUCAUCCCUACAGUGGACCGCAUGAGGUCCACUGACGGUACUAACCCCCUACGGGGAGCACUGGUUAGAAGUGCCGUUAGGUCAUGAACAUUUGUACAACCUGUUUGUAAUAACUCUGCGAUAAGUUACCAACGCGUUUAUGACAUGUUUUAAUGUAGUGCAGAGGCACUGUGACCGUAACAAGCAAAAGGGUUCUCUGAGUUCUCCAGACACGAGGCGGAGUUAGCACUGGGACUUUGGAGAAGGCAAACAAUCUUCACUCUUUCUAUAUUCGGUGUUAUCAAGCAAGCCACAAGUAUUUGUUCACGUGAUAUAUCGAUGUCUUUUUAGAUAUUUUCCAUAAAGCAAUACGUAGAAAUUGUGUCAGCAUUCGAAACUCAACAACUAGAUGUGAAUAUGUGUUAUUCUAGCCUUGAUGUUGUUUUGUACACUAAAGGACAAAUAGACUUCAACUUGAUGUUAUGUUCGUGAGAUGCAAAGUGUAUUCUUUUAUGCAAAUCGUGUACUUUAGUGUUUCUGAAGCCAAAAGACUGCUGCAAAACGAUUGUUAAAGCAUUGCUCAUUCGUGGAGAACGAAAGUUCGUGAAACUUUUUAUGACUUUUUGUAGUUAGUUUUGCGCCAUCACGAGUCAUUCACUGAACCUGUGGGACAUUGACUAUCCUGCAGUUCACUUCUCAUCAUCAACAAAAGCACAUUGAAGGACAUCUUUCGUAUGUAAAUAAGUCUUCAAAAUGUGCCAUAGCCACGAAGUCAGUCAUUGUUACCACAUACAAAUCACACAUUACAUGUGAACGCAUUGAAAAUGUACAUAAUUCAUAUCUUGGUAAAACUGUUUUGUUUGGGUUUACGUAUUUGUUACCUGUCCGAUGGAAUGUGGAAUAUUAAGACAGAUUUGGUGUAAUCUCUUCACGUGAUCCGGAAUGUGUUUGGAAUGAUAUGGUUUUGUCAUUCCAGUUUAAUUUUUCCGAUACUAAGCAAAUCACAGAUCCUAAUGUUUCUUAAUUAUUAUAACCCUCGUUUAACAAAUUUUGUUGUAAUGUCAAAUAUCUUUGUGUAUGACAUGGAAUCUGUUCGUUUUGUUGGCGGAUGUGAGUUAGAGCUCUACCAAUUCUUGUAUGUUCGUUUGAAUACCAUUUUUACGAUAAAAAAAUGAAGUAUAACAAUUUUUGAACAAUAGUUUUACAUAAUAGUCUUUGGUUAUCCUUAUAACUUCGAUAAGUUAAGAUAAAGAUAAGAUUAAAUGGUUGUCACAGGUGAGAUAGUUUUGAAUUCCCAAACCAUAAAUGCUUCCAUCAAACCGGGUAACAGACACGGAACCCUUCAGUGUAUAUAUAUCUUUUAUAUAAGAAAUGUUUUCGUUGUUCAUGGCUGCAAUCGUCUAGAAAGAAAUCGUAUUUGCGCAACACAAACGAGUAGUUAAAUGGGUCGACACAGUCAAGGUGUCGGAGGUUUAUUUUCUUCAGGAAACGUAGACUAAGAAACCCGCAAAUUUGUCCCCCAAGUUGCCUUGUUAGAGCUAAGCAGGAAACCUUGGCUCUCUGGAAGUCUGUUUCUCCGGACGGCGAAGCGCUUUUCGUUGCUCUUUCCAUUUGAUAUGGAGACUUUUGUAACGCCUCGAUGACUGGUUUCAUCGGGGAGCCGAUAUUUUUAUAGCUACUGAGAGAGGGCAGUAGGCUAAUCACAGAAAGAGAUGACCUUGUAGGUGUAGAAGGGUUUUUGGUAUCGCUGUGUGAGGCUGAGGGGCCUUAUAUCUGCUGGAUUCCAUUCUGACGAAGAUCUUUAUAAUAAAAACUGCAGUUGAAAACUAAUAAUACUAGUGUUACAAGAAUUAAUUCUAGACUAAUCAAGAUGGCACAAUACAUUCACUGAACUGGUUAUAUAAUCAUUUAUCAACAUUAGAUUAUGAGUUACCGUAAGGCCUCUUACCCUUUUAAUCAUUGUACAUUAAUUAAAUCAGUCACGUUUUUGCUUUAUUUACAUCCUCCUAUACAGAUAAAAGGUUCAUAAUAAUAAUGAUAAUAUCCCCAAAGCUUUCUGCUACAGUUCACGGUACACGCCACAAAUCCUAAGCUUAGCAAAUUUGUUGUGUCUUUAAAAUUGUGUAUCACGAGAUUUCCAUUUCAGAGCAUAAAAGACGGUAUGAGUGAAAUGUAAUUAUAAUAUUUUACGUUAUUGUUUUUUUUAUGUGUGUGUACGUGUGUGUAACUAAGGUUUUGAUAAAAACAUUUAGGUAAUUAGAAAGUUUUCUUUACCAACUUUGUUUAUUUUGUUAAUGUUUACUUAACAUGUAGCAUGUCCUCUGCAGGACUUACUCACAAAUGGUGAUUUUUGUUUACGCGCUUCAUCAUUAUCUGUGAUGCUCAUUCAUCCUUUGAACACGGGAUAAGUGUCUUUGUAAAACUGCGAGGCAAUGAACUUACAAAGAAGACUGUAACCGAUUCAUUUCUGAAAACGCACAAAGUUUGGUGCUGAAGUUUAAAUGGGAAAGAAAGGGACUGAUAGAAUUAUUUAGAUAUCUUGCUUUGAAAUGUGCUUAUAUUGUUUGGAAUAAUUCAGAAAUUUGAAAAUGACUGUCGAACGUUUAUAUUUCCUUGACAACCUAGGCAGAUCUGAAAUUUGAUCUUCCAAAAAAUCUUUUAAUUUACCAGAGCAUCUAGCGUCUUUUUUUUUUUUUUUUUUUUUUUUCUAUUUCACCAUCAAAAUGAAAUGCGUUAGCUAUGUUACGCAAAACUGUAAGAUAAAAAAAAAAGAACUUAUGCCUGGGAUAAAGUGUGUAUUAUUAUACAAAGGAAUGGAAUUAUCUAUACAUACUAUUUUUGUGAAUGAUCGAAAAUCCUUCUUAGUAUCAGUGAAGCAGAUAUAAGUGACCUACAGCACUUGUUAGGAGUUCCGAUGACAGUAAAUAGUUAGGAAAAUGAAAUUACCCACAAGCGAACAAAAGGAUUUGGGAAACCCCAUUUUCUGUCCUGUAUGCAAGCCAACUUUGAUCACUUUUGCCAAAAUCUGCGCAACAGAAGUAUUAGGAUAUGCAUCGCGUUAAAACUUGUGUUGCGAUAAGAGGUAAUGAAAGUCUUUUUUGUGCAUAAGUAACGUCUCCUUUUGCAUUGGCAAAACCGAUCAGAUUUUGGCUUGACAGCUGCAGGGGACGACGAUGAACUUCAAGUUCAUUUAGACUUCUUCCAUGUUCAUUAGUGAUUCAGAAUGAUAUAUUAGUUAAGAGAAGAUUCAAAGGCAGGCUUAUGUUAAGCUCACGGUCUUUCUAUUUGUCGUUAAUAUGCAUUUGAUAUUGUUGUGUAUGUAAAUGUAUAUCAUGUUGAUAUGGUUAUUGAUUAUAUGCAUAAAAUGUCAGCUAUGCACAAAUACAUUUGAAAUAGUUUUCGUCCUAUUGUGUUGUAAAUGGCAUCGGCCAAAUUUUUUCUGUAAUUACGUUUUUUUAAAGAUAUUCUCCUUUCCAGAGUUAUUGAAUGUUCAAAAUCUAAUUUUAAUUUCAAUAUUAUUCAAAACUGUUGUCAUGCUGAUUUUUUAAGGAUGAAAGUAUUUUUGAGAGAAUAGUAGUUUUUUGUUUUUGAGUAAUGCAUAUCAUUUCCUUUAUCCGUAAACGACAGAAAUUGACGCAUACUUUUUGAAAGAGAAAUAUUUCCUAUUAGCCUUUUUAUAAUGUAUAUUUAGCUAGGCGUUGGUUGUAGAUGUUACAGAUACCUUCAAAUAUUAACGAACUUUAUUGUGGAAAAAUGUCAUUUCAUUGUGAACGGAGCUGCUUGGAAUAAAACGUUCAACAAUGA